AUGGUGCUACCAAACAAACUCCGCUUGGAUCAAUUCCUGAUUUUGGCCGCAGCACUUAUGUCACCUGUAAGAACGGUGCUGUGUAAUGAUAUCCUCAGCCUGAAGGUGGCAGGAGACCCGGUUCUAACCCCUCAUUCUGUGUGCCUGAGGCUGGUGGGCCUCAGCAAACGUCAGAUGCGGAUGUGUGUUCGAAAUCCAGACGUGACAGCGUCCGCUCUGCAGGGCAUCCAAGUGGCCAUCCACGAAUGCCAGCACCAGCUCCGGUACCAUCGCUGGAACUGUUCCACACUGGAAGGCUUCGGCAAGCUGCCCCACCACAGCACUGUCCUCAACAGGGGUUUCAGAGAGAGCGCCUUCUCCCUGGCACUGCUGGCAGCGGGUGUGGCUCAUUCUGUGGCCUCGGCCUGCAGCAUGGGCAAGCUGCGAGGGUGCAGCUGCGAGGCCAAGCGUCGCCAGGACGAUGACAAGAUCCGUCUGAAACUCACACAGCUGCAGCUGCAGGUUCUGCAGAAGGGUGGAGUAGGCAUCAACAUGGCAAAACCAUUACCCUCAGAGCUAAAUGGUCACUAUGGCAACCUGUCCACCAGCCUGCACUCUGCCCACACCUCUGCCCUCCUGAAGCCUUUGUCUGAUGAGCUGAGCUCUAUGCAGGACACCUGGAUGUGGGGGGGCUGCAGUCACGACUUGCGUUUUGGAGAACGCUUUUCAAGAGAUUGGCUCGACUCCCGGGGGUCUCCCAGGGACAUCCACGCUCGCAUGAGGAUACACAACAACCGUGUGGGACGACAGAUAGUGACCGACAACAUGACAAGGAAGUGCAAAUGUCACGGCACGUCAGGGAGCUGUCAGUUCAAGACCUGCUGGUACGUGUCCCCAGAGUUCCGGCUCGUUGGAUCUUUGCUGAAGGACAAGUUCUCGUCAGCCAUCUUCGUCAACUCCCAGAACAAGAACAGUGGUGUUUUCAACCCACGGACAGAAAACAGGGCCGGUGGAAGCUCUGGGGGGUUCGGCGGAGGGCGCCGUCGAAGCCUGUCCAGAGAGCUGGUGUAUUUCGAGAAGUCUCCUGAUUUCUGUGAGCCUGACGCGGCCUCGGACUCUCCAGGCACGCAGGGGCGCAUCUGCAACAAAACCAGCCACAGCACAGACAGCUGCAGCUCGCUGUGCUGUGGCCGCGGGCACAACAUCCUGAAGCAGACACGCAGCGAACGUUGCAACUGUCGAUUUCACUGGUGUUGCUACGUGCUGUGCGAGGAGUGUCGCCUCACAGAGUGGGUCAACGUCUGCAAGUAGAUUCAGCUUCCAUGUGUAACUCUUCCAGAAAAUCUGUUUACUCACCCCUGUCCUUUUUGUAAUUUUGUUUCCAUCAUCUGGGUUCUAUUUUCUCCUUGUAGCCGCUGUUAUUCUCAUAAUGCCA